AUGGAAGCGCAAAAACCCUCUACCAAGCGGCCCAAGGUAUAUCGCCGUUCAGAACCUGAGUUCGUCGAGCACAUUAACAUGGCCGAAGGAAUCCUCAACAUGAUUGAGAAAGACACCGCGCUCGGUCUCGAUCUCACGGUGCCAAAGAGGUUUAUCCGCCACUUUUUGCAUCCGAAACACAACGACGAGACGCGUCAGAAACGAAACCAGGAGAUAAGUGCUUUGCUGGAGAGAUUCGAGUGCGAGGAUGCAGAGAACGAGGCCUCGUGUGAGUGUCAAGUCCAUUUGGAUGAGACUCUCACCCUCCGGAAGCUCGACAACAACAUGGAGCCUCAGCCGUGGUUCCACCACUACGACCCGACCUUGGCCGAACGCGAUCCGCUCCCUAGUCCAUUCACCGACCAGACCGGCCGACGGCUGCCUUUAUUGGCGGAGAUCCAGAGCAAUCUUCAACAGCUUUGGAUCGACGAGCCUGACAUGAGUCUCGACCGUUUUCAAGUCACACCGCACCUCUGGGCUGUCUGCCAGCUCGCCUCUAUCGACCAGCUUGAGGCGCUGCUCGGGGACUUGUGUAGUGGAAAGAUCACCUGGAAGGACAUGCACAAGCGUGCCACGAUGUUCCUUGACGACUCCCCCGACAGUCUGUUCGCGUGCAAGGUGCUGGACUUGCAGACAUAUGACAUGUCUGCUCUAAAGGAGGUCUCGGAACAUGUAAUGUCCCGCGAAGCGAUCUGGGGUUCUCAAGCGGUCGAGAAGUACAGAGAAAUGCUCUGUAACAUCGGUCCCGAAGGUGCGGGCAAUAUGGUGCUGAGGCUCUGUCCGCGGCACAGAUGGGACAACGCGCAGUAUGCGUUUGAGCCUCUUGAGCAAACCGCAGACUCUCUUCGCGUGCGGUUCCGGUUCCUGCCUGACACGAGACAGAAGCUGGGCAAGGAGAGUGCGCAUGCGUUGGUAUGGGACGGGAACUUGGCCAGGGAUCCCGAGGAGUUUCUGCGACACUACCCACUCGAGAGGGAUUACGACCACAAUAUCUGUCUUGUCACGAUCGGCAGAAGCGGGACCCAUGAACUCAGAGAUGGUCAGAUUAUCGAGAUCAGAUCGAAGAUCCAGGGCCGGCGUCCAGAGUUUCUGUUGUGGGAGAUGAGAUACAAGGCCCGGCUGAUGGUCACCAUGAUCUCUGCUGCCCAGCCUGGAGCCCUCGAGGCCCACGAUGCAGUCUAUGAUUAUGAAGAUCGUGAGACUAUGAGCUGCACGCCAGGCUGA